UCACCCCCGCCCUUCGAGAGCUCGCUGGUGCACCUUCUCCCAAACACUCAUUUUUAUCGCACUCUUACCCAAGUCUCGUGUUUCUGGAGUUUGGCACACGCACAACAUUACACUGGUCGCUGUCAUCUAAAUAUGUCGUUGUAAACGAGGAGAGAGAAGCCGAGGGAAGAUGAAAUCGGCGUGUAUGUGGAUUAUUGUCUGUUUGGCGACUGCGUGUUGUCAGCUUGGCACCGGUGAUAGAUACGGUUGUCUGUUUGAUGAAGGCCUGUGCUCCAGUGGUCAGGUUUGCUGGGAUGAUGAGCUGUUUGGUCAGUGUCUUACACAGAAGCAGGAAAGGUUUCGCUACAGGGUGACUGCAGUUUUACUGGACAGACUGCAGUCAUUACUGCAAACGCUUAUGAAGGAUGGAUUAACUUGGCAGGAUGAUGUCACCCAAUCAAUGAUUAAGAAAGAGCUUAGAAAAGUUCCACAAAUCCUACUGUCUUCUGGGCUAAAGAAUGACCCAUCCACAGAGUCUUGGAGUGACCCUACAAACCAGCUCAAACCCAAAAUUGUGCAGCCCAAUAUGGACUACAUGAUUGUCGAUCCACCUCAGUCAUCUCUCCAUAUGCAGAGUCUGGAUCCUUAUAGUUACCAGCGAUAUGGCUACCAAGAUGAAGAGGAGCGUUCUUUGAACCUGGUGGAGGGAGGCAGGUACCCACAGCCCUCUGCUCGUAUUAGGGGAAAUUCACCACUUCCUCCAUCUCGAGAUAAAGAUGAUCAGCUUCUGCAGGAUCUGAUGACUCUACUCAUUUCUUCGCCUGCACAGCCCACAUCACGCCAUCAUGUGGCAGCACCUCACUCCACCUCAUCUUUUUUCCAGGAUCUGGACUUCCCGCUUGACUUCUAUAGCAAGGACUUGUUUUCCCAGGAUGAAAAGAACAAUGGCCAACAGGAGCAAAAGAAAGGUCCUCAGAAGUAUGGACCCACUCAACAAAGUCUAAAUAAGCUGCUCGUUCAACAUGGAUUUGAUCUAAACCACCUGAACUCUGAAGAGAUGGAGCGUCUGUUCACUGUCCUUCAGCUCCUGCAAAAAGAACCAACAAAUAAUCAGAGAAAACCUGAAAUAAAGGAUUCCUCUGUGUCUCCAAAAGUGAUGAAGAUUAUGGAGGGAGAGAUGACCCAUGUGAUGGAGAAGGCUUCUGCACAGGCUAUUAAUUCCUCCAUCCAUUCUCAACUCAACCCCGGGUCUGAAACCUCCUCUAAAGGGUCCCAAGGGGCCUCCGAGGGUAACUACAUCCCAUUGGGUGCUGAUGUAUUAGGGCCUUCAUCUCUCAAACAAGAGGAAGGACGACUUGGCAAAGGAACCUUGAGUGUGAAACCAGGAAAGAAUGAAACCAAUUUAAAGGAGGAAGUUGGAUACACUGUCACAAAUCAGAGUGAGGUUGGUCCAGCUGUCACUUUCCGGGUGCUCCCGAACAGUCAGAAUUUAACCGCAAGUGAGGUGUCCGAAAAGGCUGUGGCUCAAAAGAACCUUCUAGAAUCAGAGACUGGUCUGAAGGUGCUUCAGGCAGGUGUUGGGGAGAAGAAUGAUGGCCAUGCAUUGCCAGUGGCAACACGUGUACGUGACAACACCCAAUGGGUGUUCCUUAUGUUUGUGGGUGUGGCUUGUGUGGGUGGACUCCUGGUGGGAGCACUGACCAUCACCUGCCUGCGCACCCAUGCCCGCCAGUUGGCCUCAGGGAAACUGGGACUUGGACCUGAAGCAGGAAAAGUGACGCAUUAUGAGUACCAGGAUCUUUGUCGGCAGCAUAUGGCUGCUAAGUGCUCUCUUGGAAGGCAGGACUGCAGGGUUGGAGCUGCAGGUAGUGCCGGUCCAGGAGGAGGAGGAGGUGGUGGAGGAGGAACAGGAGUCAGCAGUGUGUCGUCACAGUUCAGUGAUGCACCUCAGCAAAGCCCUAGUUCGCACAGCAGCACCCCCUCCUGGUGUGAGGAGCCAGCGCAGUCUAACAUGGAUAUUUCUACAGGACACAUGAUACUGGCAUAUAUGGAGGAUCAUCUGAAAAAUAAAGACCGUUUGCUCAAAGAGUGGGAGGCUCUGUGCUCCUACCAGGCAGAACCAAGCACCAUCUCAGCUGCCCAGAGUGAAAGUAAUGUCAAGAAGAACCGCUGCUCUGAUGCCGUGCCCUAUGAUCAUUCUAGAGUGAAGCUGAAGGUUGAGAUUAACCCUUCCAGGACAGAUUACAUCAAUGCCAGCACCAUUAUCGAGCAUGACCCCCGGAUGCCUGCGUAUAUUGCCACCCAAGGCCCUCUCUCACACACCAUCGCUGAUUUCUGGCAGAUGGUUUGGGAAAGUGGAUGUACUGUCAUAGUAUUGAUGACGGCUCUGGUUGAGGAUGGAGAAAAACAGUGUGAUCGCUACUGGCCUGAUGAAGGCUCCUCUCUCUACCACAUUUAUGAGGUAAACCUGGUGUCUGAGCAUAUCUGGUGUAAUGACUUCCUGGUGCGGAGUUUCUACCUGAAGAACGUCCAAACCCAGGAAACUCGUACCCUCACUCAAUUCCACUUCCUGAGCUGGCCUGCACAGGAAAUACCCACCUCCACACGGCCUCUGCUGGACUUCCGCAGGAAAGUCAAUAAGUGCUACCGUGGCCGCUCCUGCCCCAUCAUUGUGCACUGCAGUGAUGGUACAGGCCGGACUGGAACAUACAUCCUUAUCGACAUGGUUCUGAACCGCAUGGCUAAAGGAGUAAAGGAGAUCGAUAUUGCUGCAACCCUGGAACAUAUUCGAGACCAGAGGCCAGGAAUGGUGCGCACCAAGGAUCAGUUUGAGUUUGCACUGACCACUGUGGCUGAAGAGGUUAAUGCUAUUCUCAAAGCUCUACCGCAGUGAAAUGAAUGCCCAUGACUGAGCAGACACACAAACACAUACAUACACACUCACAAAUUACACAGCAACUACAUGCGUUUAUGCAUACAUGCCUAUGUGGCCACUGAGGUUAGUAUUAGGGAUAUGCAUGAGUAAUCAACUAGUCGAGUACUUGUUCUACAUCUAACUUCUUAAAUAAACUAAUUGCAAAUUGUU